AUGUGGUCCUCGUGCCUCCAGCGUGGAGUUCUUAGGACGAAGACUGCCGCUACCAACGACUCGAUCCGACCUGUCAAGCCUGAGAGCAAAGCCGAUGAGCUUGCCCACAUGGUCAACAUACUCAGCACGUACAAACUUUUUGGCGUUCGGUACUACCACCCCGUAAUAUCGGAGCAGGAAGAGGCAUGCGUUAUUUCGCUUCGCCAGAGCAAUCAACGAGAGGCGUUCGGAAGUAUGCUCCAGUCUGCUUUGGAACACAGAUGCGUGGCACUACCCGAUCGCAAUGUGAAAGAAGUCGUGGUAUCGAUGUUCUCAAUUGAGGGUACGACAGAGUAUGUUUCUGGCCUUCGCUUCGUGUUUGAACGAUAUCACGAGGAAGUCGCGAUUGGAUACAUUGGAGGCGAAGGAACCAAUUUGCUCUUUGAACCGGCGCAGCCGCUACAUCAAUUGACGGCAACUUUCCACGGUCGAGGGUUCGUCAACAUCGUCGUAAAUAACCUGGGUCCGGAUGUCGGUCGAGGGUUCGUCGACACCGAGAACAAUAAGCAGGGUCAAGAGAUCGAAACGAUAUCGAUGAAUCUCCAGGGAAAGCGCUCUUUGAUGGCUCUACUCGACGGAUCAAGAAUAAUUGCCCUUGCUGUGUCGCCAGUUUCAGUGCUGAAGUAA